AUGCCGGGAACAGGGUACAAAAGAGUGAUCAAUAACGGUGCCCCGCAGCCGUCAAAAGAUAAAAAGAUAAGAACAAUAGGAGAAAGGGAAGAGUUCCUCUUAGUCAGCAGACGGCCCGCGAGAGUCUUGGAAAGCUUGGCGUCUGUCACAAGGCCGCAUCUCCGCGCUAUUUCCGAGAAGGGAAACAUCAGCACAGAAACACAGAAACACAGAAACACAGAAAAGGCGAGAAAGUGUGCAAAACGAAUGGAGUAUAGAAAAGGAUAUAGAGCACUCCGUAGAAUGAGGGAGAGAGACAGUGAGAGAAAGAGGGGGAGGGAGACGUCGCUUGACGCGCUGGCAGAGAGUGUCCCGCAAGAGGCACCGGCGGGCAGCAACAAGCCGAGUUAG